GCUUAGGCUUAGGCUUAGGCUUAGGCUUAGGCUUAGGCUUAGGCUUAGGCUUAGGCUUAGGCUUAGGCUUAGGCUUAGGCUUAGGCUUAGGCUUAGGCUUAGGCUUAGGCUUAGGCUUAGGCUUAGGCUUAGGCUUAGGCUUAGGCUUAGGCUUAGGCUUAGGCUUAGGCUUAGGCUUAGGCUUAGGCUUAGGCUUAGGCUUAGGCUUAGGCUUAGGCUUAGGCUUAGGCUUAGGCUUAGGCUUAGGCUUAGCUUUAGGCUUAGGCUUAGGCUUAGGCUUAGGCUUAGGCUUAGGCUUAGGCUUAGGCUUAGGCUUAGGCUUAGGCUUAGGCUUAGGCUUAGGCUUAGGCUUAGCUUUAGGCUUAGGCUUAGGCUUAGGCUUAGGCUUAGGCUUAGGCUUAGGCUUAGGCUUAGGCUUAAGGCUUAGGCUUAGGCUUAGGCUAGGCUUAGGCUUAGGCUUAGGCUUAGGCUUAGGCUUAGGCUUAGGCUUAGGCUUAGGCUUAGGCUUAGGCUUAGGCUUAGGCUUAGGCUUAGGCUUAGGCUUAGGCUUAGGCUUAGGCUUAGGCUUAGGCUUAGGCUUAGGCUUAGGCUUAGGCUUAGGCUUAGGCUUAGGCUUAGGCUUUAGGCUUAGGCUUAGGCUUAGGCUUAGGCUUAGGCUUAGGCUUAGGCUUAGGCUUAGGCUUAGCUUAGGCUUAGGCUUAGGCUUAGGCUUAGGCUUAGGCUUAGGCUUAAGGCUUAGGCUUAGGCUUAGGCUUAGGCUUAGGCUUAGGGCUUUAGGCUUAGGCUUAGGCUUAGGCUUAGGCUUAGGCUUAGGCUUAGGCUUAGGCUUAGGCUUAGGCUUAGGCUUAGGCUUAAGCUUAGGCUUAGGCUUAGGCUUAGGCUUAGGCUUAGGCUUAGGCUUAGGCUUAGGCUUAGGCUUAGGCUUGGGCUUAGGCUUAGGCUUAGGCUUAGGCUUAGGCUUAGGCUUAGGCUUAGGCUUAGGCUUAGGCUUAGGCUUAGGCUUAGGCUUAGGCUUAGGCUUAAGCCUAAGCUUAGGCUUAGGCUUAGGCUUAGGCUUAGGCUUAGGCUUAGCUUAG